AGAGUCACGUGAUGAAGUGCUGUGGGGACGUCAUCUGACGGGUCCGGCAGGAAGAUGGCGGCCAAAGGGGGCUGCGGAGGCUCCCGGGGGUUUUAUUUUAACACCGUACUGUCCCUGGCCCGCUCCCUGUCCGUGCAGAGGCCGGCGGCCCUGGAAAAGGUACAGAAGCUGCUGUGUAUGUGCCCUGUUGACUUCCAUGGGGUAUUUCAACUGGAUGAGAGAAGAAGACAUGCCCUUAUUGCUUUAGGCAUUUUCUUGGUUGAAUCUGAACUUCAGCACAAAGACCAAGUGGUUCCCUAUCUUCUGAGACUUUUGAAAGGUCUUCCAAAGGUUCUGUGGAUAGAGGAGAACACCUUUCGGAAAGCUAAAGGUACACUUCCAGUUGCAGAGACCUUCAGCUUCUGCCUGGUUACAUUACUGUCAGAUGUCGCCCAUAGAGAUGUGUCAUUCAGAGGACAGAUAUUGGAGACAAUCUUGGAUGUGAUGCAAUGUCUUCUUGGAAUGUGCCAGUCUGUACAGAUUCAGGACAAAGAGUACCUGUGUAAAUAUGCAGUGCCAUGUUUGAUUGGCAUCUCUCGGGCAUUUGGACGAUACAGCAACUCUGAAGAAUCUCUUCUGUCCAAGCUGUUUCCCAAGAUCUCUCCUGAAUCAUUAAAGGCUCCAGAGGAGCUGGAAGGGAUCCGCAGGCGCUCUUUCAAUGAUUUCCGAUCUAUUCUACCAAACUCACUGCUAACAGUAUGUCAGGGGGACUCGCUGAAGAGGAAGACCAGCAGCGUAUCUAGUGGGUCACAGGUUAGCCCUGAUCGUGUUGUCCUCCCUCCUGGAUCUCCAGCAGGGUCUUCCAUCCCGUACUUUGAAGGUUCCUAUCUGCCAGAUGGCAGUGCAGUAGACCCAGAUUAUUACCUCACCACCAUCAGCUCCAGCUUCUCUGUGUCUCCUCUUUUCACUGGUGUAAACCACAAGGAUUUUGACAUUCCACAAGAAACCCUACGUCAACUACAGAGCAUGGUGAAGCAAAUUGUGGCAGAUCCAAUGCUGAGCUCAUUAGAUUCCCUGAUAAAUGAAGUUACAGAGGGAAAUCCAACUGCGGACCUGUAUUAUAAAACAUUCAGUGAUCCACUGUAUGUAGCAAUGUUUAAGAUGCUCAGAGAUACACUGUAUAAUAUGAAAGACCUCCCAACCUCAUUUGUGAAGGAGAUCCAUGACUUUGUGCUUGAACAGUUCAACAGUAGCCAGUCAGAGCUGCAGAAGAUACUUCAUGAUGUAGAAAAGUUACACAAUGAACUUAGCCCUUUGAAGCUCAGGUGUCAAGCAAAUGCUGCCUGUGUGGACCUCCUGGUAUGGGCUGUAAAGGAUGAGCAAGGUGCAGAAAACCUGUGCAUCAAACUUUCUGAGAAACUGCAGUCCAAGACAUCCAGCAAAGUCAUCAUAGCUCACAUGCCUCUCCUCAUCUGCUGCUUACAGGGUAUGGGGCGCCUUUGUGAGCGUUUCCCUGUAGUUGUUCAUUCUGUAACUCCAUCUCUUCGUGAUUUCUUGGUGAUACCAUCUCCAGUGCUGGUGAAGCUGUACAAAUAUCACAGCCAACAUCAGACAGGAGGCAAUGAUAUCAAGAUUAGCAUCACCAAUGAGCACUCUGAAUCCACAAUGAACGUUAUUCAUGGCAAGAAGAGCCAACCAUCUAUGUAUGAACAGCUGCGGGACAUUGCUAUUGAGAACAUAUGCAGGUGUCUAAAGGCAGGAUUAACCAUUGACCCAGUUAUUGUGGAAGCUUUCCUGGCUAGUUUAUCCAAUCGCCUUUACAUAUCCCAGGAGAAUGACAAGGAGGCCCAUCUUAUUCCAGAUCACACAAUUCGUGCAUUGGGGCAUAUUUCGGUGGCCCUCAGGGAUACCCCAAAGGUGAUGGAGCCGAUCCUUCAGAUAUUGCAGCAGAAGUUCUGCCAGCCGCCAUCACCACUUGAUGUGCUCAUCAUAGACCAACUGGGAUGUAUGGUGAUAACUGGCAAUCAAUACAUUUACCAGGAAGUGUGGAAUCUCUUCCAGCAGAUUAGUGUGAAAGCCAGCUCAGUAGUCUAUGCAACCAAGGAUUACAAAGAUCAUGGCUAUAGACACUGUUCCUUGGCUGUCAUAAACGCACUGGCAAACAUUGCGGCCAACAUCCAGGGAGAACAGCUGGUGGAUGAGCUUUUGAUGAACCUAUUGGAGCUGUUUGUGCAGUUGGGGCUAGAGGGAAAACGGGCCAGUGAAAGAGCCAGUGAAAAAGGCCCAGCACUAAAGGCAUCUAGUAGUGCGGGAAACCUUGGAGUCCUAAUUCCUGUCAUUGCUGUGCUAACUCGAAGACUACAACCCAUUAAAGAGGCCAAGCCACGUCUACAGAAGCUCUUCAGAGACUUCUGGUUAUAUUCUGUUCUUAUGGGCUUUGCAGUGGAGGGAUCAGGUCUGUGGCCUGAAGAGUGGUAUGAGGGAGUCUGUGAAAUUGCAACUAAAUCUCCUUUGCUGACUUUUCCCAGUAAGGAACCUUUGCGUUCUGUCCUGCAGUACAACUCCGCAAUGAAGAAUGACACCGUAACACCUGCAGAGCUAAAUGAGCUAAGGAGCACUAUAAUUAAUCUGCUGGAUCCAGCCCCAGAAGUAUGCCAAAAUAUCAACAAACUGGACUUUGCCAUGUCCACUUACCUGCUCUCUGUGUAUCGGCUGGAGCAUAUGAGGGUCUUGCACUCCACAGAUAAGGACCGUUUCCAGGUCAUGUUCUUUUACUUUGAGGAUAAAGCAAUUCAGAAAGACAAAUCGGGAAUGAUGCUGUGCAUUAUUGCUGUAGCUGAUAAAGUAUUUGAUGCCUUUUUAGCAGUGAUGGCCGAUAAGCCUAAAACAAAAGAGAACGAGGAAGAAUUGGAAAGGCAUGCUCAGUUCCUGUUAGUGAAUUUCAAUCACAUUCAUAAGCGCAUCAGACGGGUAGCAGACAAAUAUUUAUCUGGACUAGUAGACAAAUUUCCUCACUUGCUGUGGAGUGGCAAAGUGCUGAAAACCAUGCUGGAUAUAUUGCAGACCUUGUCUCUAUCACUCAGUGCAGACAUUCACAAGGACCAACCAUAUUAUGACAUUCCAGAUGCCCCAUACAGGAUAACAGUUCCUGAUACAUAUGAAGCUAGAGAGAGCAUUGUAAAGGACUUUGCUGCUCGGUGUGGAAUGAUCCUUCAAGAAGCAAUGAAGUGGGCACCAUCUGUGACCAAAUCCCAUCUGCAGGAAUACUUGAACAAGCACCAGAACUGGAUGUCUGGCCUGUCUCAGCACACGGGGCUUGCUAUGGCUACCGAGAGCAUACUGCACUUUGCUGGCUACAACAAGCAGAACACGACAUUAGGGUCUCCAGCUUCCCCUUUCCAGCCAACUCAGCUAACAGAGCGCCCGGCCUGUGUGAAGAAGGACUACUCCAAUUUUAUGGCAUCUCUUAACCUGCGCAACCGUUACGCUGGAGAGGUUGCUGGCAUGAUUGAGUAUUCUGAUGCUACUGGUCGGACAUCUGACCUGAAUAAACUAAUGAUGAAACACCUGAAUGUUGCUCUGGACUCAGAAAAACCAGAGUUAUAUACGCAAGUCAUGUUCAAGCUGACAGCCUUGCUCAUAAGCAGCAAAGAAUGUGAUGCUCAGCUUUUACACCAUCUCUGUUGGGCUCCACUUCGCAUGUUUACUGACCAUGGGAUGGAUACAGCCAUUGCCUGCUGGGAAUGGCUUUUGGCAGCCAAGAAUGGGAUUGAAGUGCCGUUCAUGCGGGAGAUGGCUGGAGCUUGGCAAAUGACAGUAGAGCAGAAGAUUGGAGUGUUCUCACCUGAGCAAAAGGAAGCUGAUCCUCUGGCUGCCUCGGAGCAAAGCCAACCUCACCCAUGUCCACCGGAAGUGAAUCCACACUAUAUAUGGAUCGAUUUCCUGAUGCAGAGGUUUGAAAUCGCCAAGUACUGCAGCUCAGACCAGAUUGAGAUAUUCUCUAGCCUUCUACAGCGCUCCCUCUCUCUGAAUAUUGGAGCAUCAAAAGGCAGCAUAAACCGACAUGUGGCAGCCAUUGGUCCUAGGUUCAAGCUAUUGACUCUUGGGUUAUCAUUACUGCAUGCAGAUGUGGUCCCAAAUUCCACCAUUCGUAAUGUUCUAAGAGAGAAAAUAUAUUCCACAUCGUUUGAUUAUUUCAGUUCUGCGCCUAAAUGCCCAACACAAACCGAUAAGCAGCUGAGAGAAGAUAUUAGCAUCUUGAUAAAGUUUUGGACGGCCAUGUUUUCCGAUAAGAAGUAUCUUACUGCAAACCAGCUGGUUCCUCCAGAUAAUCAAGAUCCUUCAGUACAUAGUUUGUCUGUUAUUGUGGAUGUCACUCGCAGCAAUUUAGAUGUGACGGUGGGUUCUCGACAGCAGACCACACAAGGCUGGAUCAACACAUACCCAUUAUCCAGCGGCAUGUCUACUAUCUCUAAAAAGUCAGGGCUAACAAAGAAAACAAACAGAGGGACGCAACUUCACAAAUAUUACAUGAAAAGGAGGACUCUUCUCUUAUCUCUGUUGGCUACAGAGAUUGACCGUCUAACCACCUGGUACAAUCCUCUCUCUUCUCCCGAGUUAGAGCUUGAUCAGACAGGAGAAAACAGUGUGGCAAACUGGAGAUCAAAGUACAUCAGCCUGAGUGAGAAGCAAUGGAAAGACAAUGUAAACUUGGCCUGGAGCAUUUCCCCUCACCUGGCAGUCCAGUUACCAACAAGAUUUAAAAACACUGAAGCCAUUGGAGGAGAAGUGACUCGCCUAGUUAGACUGGAUCCAGGUGCUGUCAAUGACAUCCCAGAAGCUAUAAAAUAUUUGGUAACGUGGCAUACGAUCGAUGCUGAUGCCCCUGAACUCAGCCACAUUCUUUGCUGGGCACCAACUGAUCCACCCACUGGGCUUUCUUACUUCUCCAGCAUGUAUCCUCCACAUCCACUAACUGCACAGUAUGGAGUUAAAGUUCUACGAUCAUUCCCACCGGAUGCCAUCCUAUUUUACAUUCCACAAAUUGUUCAGGCUCUGCGGUAUGACAAGAUGGGUUAUGUCCGGGAAUACAUACUAUGGGCAGCUGCAAAAUCCCAGCUUCUUGCUCAUCAGUUUAUAUGGAACAUGAAGACCAACAUUUUUUUAGAUGAAGAGGCACAUCAGAAGGAUCCUGACAUUGGAGAUCUGCUGGAACAGCUGGUUGAGGAAAUUACUGGAUCCCUGUCUGGGCCUGCCAAAGAUUUCUACCAACGAGAGUUUGAUUUUUUUAAUGAAAUAACCAACGUCUCAGCAAUCAUUAAGCCGUAUCCUAAAGGAGAUGAACGGAAGAAGGCUUGCCUGAGUGCUCUGUCUGAAGUAAAAGUCCAGCCAGGUUGUUAUCUGCCUAGUAAUCCAGAGGCCAUCGUCUUGGAUAUUGAUUACAAAUCUGGAACUCCCAUGCAGAGUGCGGCAAAAGCGCCAUAUCUGGCAAAGUUCAAGGUGAAGAGAUGUGGAGUGAGUGAGCUGGAGAAAGAAGGCCUUCGUUGCCGCUCUGACUCCAUAGAUGAAAGUGAAGAGGAAGGUGCUGAUAAAAAAGUUUGCUGGCAGGCAGCCAUAUUUAAAGUUGGCGAUGACUGCAGACAAGACAUGCUAGCUCUGCAGAUCAUAGAUUUAUUCAAGAACAUCUUCGAACUUGUUGGGCUCGACCUCUUUGUCUUUCCAUAUAGAGUGGUGGCAACAGCUCCUGGUUGCGGGGUUAUUGAGUGCAUUCCAGAUUGCACCUCAAGAGAUCAGCUCGGCCGUCAGACAGAUUUUGGCAUGUAUGAUUACUUCACUCGCCAGUAUGGGGAUGAGUCUACCCUAGCAUUUCAGAAGGCCCGGUAUAAUUUCAUCAGGAGCAUGGCAGCCUACAGCCUACUGCUCUUCCUACUGCAAAUUAAAGACAGACACAAUGGAAAUAUCAUGCUGGAUAAAUUGGGUCACAUCAUCCAUAUUGAUUUUGGAUUUAUGUUUGAGAGCUCUCCAGGAGGCAACUUGGGAUGGGAACCCGAUAUAAAGCUGACUGAUGAGAUGGUGAUGAUCAUGGGAGGCAAAAUGGAAGCGACACCUUUUAAGUGGUUCAUGGAAAUGUGUGUGCGUGGCUACCUAGCUGUGCGGCCAUAUAUGGAUGCGGUAGUAUCAUUGGUAACCCUCAUGUUGGAUACAGGACUACCAUGCUUUCGUGGACAGACCAUUAAGUUGCUUAAGCACAGGUUCAGUCCCAACAUGACAGAGAGAGAAGCAGCCAAUUUCAUCCUGAAGAUCAUUCAGAACUGCUUCCUAAGCAACAGGAGCAAAACGUACGAUAUGAUCCAGUACUACCAGAAUGACAUCCCAUACUGAGAUCCUUUUGAUCUAGUGCACCCUUGCCGUGUUCGUAGUGAACUGUAGUCUCCAGUGUCUCUAGUCACACCCUAAAUCCAGAAAUUCUUGGUAUCAUUGGAUAGUGUGAAGUGUAGGGACAGCAAGACUUGAGAGGCGAGUGUGACAGAAUGCUUCACUUGUGGCAACAAGUGUUCUAUUUCUAGCACUGGUUCUUCAUAUUCCUUCCAUGCAAUAUACAAAUGACUAUGAAAAAGAUGAACUGGCUGUAGUUCCGCAUUACAGACUGAAGUGCAAUAUAUCUUGUUGCUGGGUUCCUAUAACGGCAUGUUAUUUUGUAAAAGUGGCCUUGUGGAGAAACAAUAUUUUAUUUUAUUUUAUUUAUGCUGUAAAACGCCACUAUUAUCAUCCUUCCCAAUGAAAACAUAUUCGCCAGUUUAGCAGCACUUUGAUUGGUCACAGGGACAUUCUCACUCAGGACUUGAGCACCUACUGUGUGCUUCUGUUGGCGUAAAGUAGCAUGAAUAAUGGGUGAGAGCACGCCAGCGGUUCUUCCUGGACUGUAUUGCACUGCGCCUCCAAACCUAAGCAACCCACUUCACACAGGAUAGAUGAAGAAAGUUUAUUUCCUCUUGUGUGUGUAAAAACUUCCAAAUGUGUAUUUAAUCUGUAAACUGUAAUUAAACUGUUACAUAUUAG